UUGUGGCCCUGCAGAGCUAACGCCAUCACUCCGAGAGGCUCGGAUAGCAGCAAGUCGACACAUAACAUCGCAGCGCUGCCUGCUGUCAAACAACAUCACCAGGACGGCAAUGGAAUAUAGUCCCGCGGAUUUAUAAGCGCACGUUACCAGGGCCUCUGUUUUGGUGGCGCACAAAGCAAUGUGGAGGAAAUAAAGAUCCUGAUACGCUGAAAACAAGAGAUUUUAGAUAAUGGGCUGUGUGCAAUGCAAGGACAAGGAAGCAACUAAACUCACUGAUGAUCGGGACACCAGCAUCUCCCAUGGAGCAGGCUACCGUUACGGGGUGGACCCCACACCUCAGCAUUAUCCCAGCUUUGGGGUCACUGCCAUCCCCAACUACAACAACUUUCACGCACCAGUUGGACAGGGGAUGGCCGUCUUCGGUGGAGUCAGCACUUCCUCUCACACUGGAACUCUGAGGACCCGCGGAGGAACAGGAGUCACCCUCUUUGUGGCACUUUAUGAUUAUGAGGCACGAACUGAAGACGACCUCAGCUUCAGGAAAGGAGAAAGAUUCCAGAUUAUCAACAGCACCGAGGGGGACUGGUGGGACGCUCGCUCGCUCACCACCGGUGGAAGCGGAUAUAUUCCCAGUAAUUACGUGGCUCCGGUCGACUCCAUCCAGGCUGAAGACUGGUAUUUUGGUAAACUGGGCCGGAAGGAUGCGGAGAGGCAGCUGCUGUCUACUGGCAACCCUCGGGGCACUUACCUCAUCCGCGAGAGUGAAACCACAAAGGGUGCCUUCUCCCUGUCCAUACGGGACUGGGACGAUGUGAAAGGCGACCAUGUGAAGCACUAUAAGAUCCGAAAGCUGGACAGCGGCGGCUACUACAUCACCACCAGAGCGCAGUUUGACACACUGCAGCAGCUGGUCCAGCACUAUUCAGAACGAGCCGCAGGCCUUUGCUGUCGCUUGGUGGUUCCUUGCCACAAGGGAAUGCCCCGCCUCGCUGACCUGUCUGUCAAAACCAAAGACGUGUGGGAGAUCCCGCGGGAGUCGCUGCAGCUCAUCAAACGUCUUGGGAACGGGCAGUUUGGGGAGGUUUGGAUGGAGCGUGCGGAUGGUUUGUGCUUUAACUUAACGGGCGUGUGUGUGAACUACCUCCCUGACACUGUGGGCUUGAGUCAUGAUGCCUGGGAGAUCCAGAGAAACACUCUUGAUUUGGAAGUAAAGCUGGGGACAGGAUGUUUUGCCGAUGUAUACUAUGGUACAUGGAACGGAACCACGAAAGUGGCAGUGAAGACGUUAAAGCCGGGGACCAUGUCGCCCGAGUCCUUCUUGGAGGAAGCUCAGAUCAUGAAGAAGCUCCGGCACGACAAGCUGGUGCAGCUCUACGCCGUCGUCUCAGAGGAGCCUAUUUACAUCGUCACAGAGUACAUGGGCAAAGGAAGUCUCUUGGACUUUUUGAAAGACGGGGAAGGACGAGCUCUGAAGCUGCCGAAUCUCGUUGACAUGGCAGCACAGGUGGCAGCGGGGAUGGCCUACAUCGAGCGCAUGAACUACAUCCACAGAGACCUGCGGUCGGCCAACAUCCUGGUGGGAGACAACCUGGUCUGCAAGAUCGCUGACUUCGGUCUGGCCCGACUCAUCGAGGAUAACGAAUACACAGCUCGGCAAGGAGCCAAAUUCCCCAUCAAGUGGACCGCGCCGGAGGCUGCCCUCUACGGGAAGUUCACCAUCAAGUCAGACGUCUGGUCGUUUGGCAUCUUGCUCACAGAGCUGGUCACCAAAGGUCGAGUGCCUUAUCCAGGCAUGAACAACCGUGAGGUCCUGGAGCAGGUGGAGAGGGGCUACAGGAUGCCGUGCCCCCAGGACUGCCCCAUCUCCCUCCAUGAGCUCAUGCUGCAGUGCUGGAAGAAAGACGCCGAGGAGCGGCCCACCUUCGAGUACCUGCAGGCCUUCUUGGAGGACUACUUCACAGCCACCGAGCCUCAGUACCAGCCCGGGGACAACCUCUAAACCUCCUUCCUUGUCCCUCUCCCGACCCUCCCAUGGGCUCAUCUGGGGCUGGGAAACAUAAAGAACACUCUGGAGCCUUCUCAGCCGGGCCUUAGGAAUCUGUACAAACUGUCUGCUGUGAAGAUGCGUAAAAGAGGAAGGGGCGGGGCCUGGUGAUGAUGCAUUUAGUUUCCUGUAUUGAGUGUAAAUAAGUAAAAGCUUAUUUUAAUUUCUUUGCUUCAGUUUGAGGUUUUAUUUUUUCCUGCACCAGAAUAAUAAUGAUGCAGAAGAAGCCGGAGUGGGCACGUUUGACCCUUUUUUUUUAUGAAGCUGCCAAAUGUUUUCUCCUCCAAACUGUCCUUGAGUCGCCUCCAAUCUUUAAUUCAGCUUUUAAUUUUGGGUCCAUCCGAUUCCAUGUCUCACUGUAAAUGGCUUCCUACUUUUUUUUUUUGUUUGUUAGCGGUGAAACACGUUGAGGACCAGAUAUUUUAUUAACAAAAUAACCCCCACCCUGAUUUAUGUUAUUAUUAUUAUUUAACUUCCGAAGGAUUUCAAGGAUCUGACAUUCCACUUCUCAUCUCCUCCGUCAUCAUAUUUUUUAACAUGCCCUGUUUUGUUGAGUCACUGCUUUGCCGUUUGAAAUUCAGAAACAAUAAAUAUUUUACACUCUUCCGGAGAUACUUAAUUUGUACCCUUACUCACUGUUGUCACGGUAACACACAUGCUGAGGGUCAGUUAAAACCAAGCGUUAGCAUAAGCCAUGAGGAGUUCCGAUACUGUCAAGCUUAACACUCCUUGAAAUUGUAAAGAAAAAAUGUGGACGCUGCUUGACAUCCUCUCUCAGACAAGAGAAGGGAGGUAGAAAGACAUGCCAGGAAUAAAAGAUGGAGGAGGCUCAUCGUGGCAUGUGCCGGUCCUGGUCACGGUGGCGAGUGUGGAGCGGCCAGUGGAACGUCAGAGUUGGCUUGUCUCUUCCCCACUGUGCCUAAUAAAGUCCUCAAACUGC